AUGGGGUUUAUUGGGCUUCUCUGGAGAGUUGGUUUGGUGCUGAGCCUGUGUUUGGCUGAUGGGUUCAGUGGGAGUGAAGGAAGAAAAGAUCAUGGCGUUGCUAAAUCCGAAAUUGUCGUUUCUGUGAGUGAUGAUCAAGUUCUGCAUGGAGAUUUUUUGGGAAGCAAUAUAACUGCUCCAGGGGAGGUAGGGGUGAGUAAGACUAUGGGUAAGAAUAAUUGUGGUCGAGGAGGAGGUGGAGGUGGCGGCGGUGGUAGUGGAGGAGGUGGUGGCGGCGGUGGUAGUGGAGGAGGUGGCGGCGGCGGUGGUAGUGGAGGAGGGGGUGGCGGGGGUGGUAAUGGAGGGGGAGGAGGAGGUGGUGGAGGAGGAAAAGGUGGUGGUGGUGGCGGCGGUGGGGGCGGAGGGCAAGGAAGAGAUAAUGGGCAUAAAAGAAAGCACCGCAAAGGAAGCGGGGGCGGGGGCGGCGGGGGUGGUGGAGGUGGAAAAGGCGGAGGCUACGGAUGGGGAGGAGGGAGUGGUGGGGGUGGCGGAGGAGGUGGCGGGGGCGGGGGAGGAGGUGGCGGGGAAGGGGGAGGAGGUGGCGGUGGCGGUGGCGGUGGAGGGGGCGGCGGUGGAGGAAAAGGGUGGGGUUGGGGUUGGGGAGGAGGAAAUCAGGGCGGCGGGUGUUGGGGGCCGGGAUGUGGUGGUGGUGGCCAUGGAAAAGCAAAAGGUCACGAAAUGAAGCUUCAGAACAUUCCCACAACACAACAUUAA